AUGGCAGCCUCAAGCACCGCUGCUACAUUCAGAGCCUCCGUUUCUUCAGCUUCUUCCUCAUCCCAAUUGACCCAUUGGAGAUCCCCCUCCAAAGCUGUCAAAUUUACGCCUCUGCCACCGUCUCGUUCAAGGUUCUCUGUUUCGUGCACUGUCGCCAAGGACCCGGCUGUUCUCAUGACCGCCGGAUCUGACCCGACCCUGUGGCUACGACCCGAUUCGUUCGGUCGGUUCGGGAAGUUCGGUGGGAAGUAUGUCCCUGAGACUCUUAUGCACGCUCUCUCCGAGCUCGAAUCGGCUUUUCAUUUUCUAGCCUCCGACGAUGAUUUCCAGAGAGAGCUGGCAGGGAUCUUGAAAGACUACGUGGGUCGAGAAAGCCCUCUGUACUUCGCAGAGAGGCUCACGGAGCAUUACCGUCGCGAAAACGGCGAAGGGCCGCUCAUAUACUUGAAGAGAGAGGACCUGAACCACACAGGAGCUCACAAGAUCAACAACGCCGUGGCUCAGGCGCUUCUCGCCAAGCGUCUGGGGAAGAAGAGGAUCAUCGCCGAGACGGGAGCUGGUCAACACGGCGUGGCUACAGCCACCGUGUGCGCUCGUUUCGGUCUGGAGUGCAUUAUCUACAUGGGUGCUCAAGACAUGGAGAGACAAGCUCUCAAUGUGUUCAGAAUGCGACUUCUUGGUGCUGAGGUGAGAGCGGUUCACUCUGGAACGGCGACGUUGAAGGACGCGACAUCGGAAGCGAUAAGAGAUUGGGUGACGAACGUGGAGACGACGCAUUACAUAUUGGGAUCUGUGGCGGGUCCUCAUCCAUACCCGAUGAUGGUGAGAGACUUCCACGCGGUGAUCGGUAAAGAGACGAGGAGGCAGGCGUUGGAGAAGUGGGGAGGGAAGCCUGAUGUUCUUGUGGCUUGUGUUGGUGGUGGUUCUAAUGCGAUGGGACUCUUCCAUGAGUUUGUGGAUGAUGCGGAGGUUCGGAUGAUCGGUGUGGAAGCUGCCGGGUUCGGAUUGGAUAGUGGUAAACACGCUGCUACGUUGACGAAGGGAGAGGUCGGUGUGCUUCAUGGAGCUAUGAGUUACUUGCUGCAAGAUGAUGAUGGUCAAAUCAUUGAGCCUCACUCCAUCAGUGCAGGAUUGGAUUAUCCUGGAGUUGGGCCGGAGCACAGUUUCCUUAAAGACAUGGGACGAGCUGAGUACUAUAGUGUAACCGAUGAAGAAGCGUUGGAAGCGUUCAAGAGAGUGUCGCGGUUAGAGGGAAUCAUUCCGGCGCUGGAGACGUCCCACGCGUUAGCUCACCUUGAGAAGCUGUGUCCGACUUUAUCAGAUGGGACGAGAGUGGUGUUGAACUUCAGUGGAAGAGGAGAUAAAGAUGUUCAGACGGUGGCUAAGUAUCUUGAAGUUUGA